UACAAUUUGCUGGCUGCCAGUUCGGUGAAGCUUUCAGACCACAGCUGAUUCUGUUGCUUCACUUUAACAACAGAUGAGUGAAACUAUGUGCCCUGACGACACAGAAAAUAAUGAACAGCUAUUAACAAACUUGAAAACUUUUAAUUUGUGUCCACAUGCAAGUUUUACAGAGUGAUUAACUCUGUUAUCAAAGGUGGUUUAGAUACUUUUUAAUGAAAUGCGUAAUUUCCCUUAGUAAUGUUUACUAAAUCAAUUCUCCCUUAUGUAACUGGCAAGCUAUUCAUUUAGCAGACUUUAUGCUUAUGUGAGGAUAUGAAAAGCAAAAAACUUUACUUAAUAUUACAAUUAUUUAUUUACAAGUAUCACAGUAGGUGUUUGUCCAUUCCUUCUCCUGUAAUCUUUAACCAUUUGUAACCCAUAGGUGUGUGUGUGUUUUUAAGAGACUUGGACUUUGAGAACAAUAUCAUAUAUCAUGUCUAUAGCUAAACAUAUUUAGUUACUCAUAUACUUUGUCUUAUCUGUUGGUACAUUCCCCCUUUGUCCCACUUCGGUCUGAUAUACAGUAAUUAUAUCUUAAAAUUAUUAAUCUCUACCCACAAUCCCCAUUCAUUCUGGGACGUGAACUGACACACACUGAUCUACCCCAGGUUCUGCUGUUUCUUCACAGUAACACCCCACCAGCCUGGACACUGGAAUAGGUUCAAAUCACAGCAGGUACAAAUACGGAGGUUAACCAAGGGAUUCCAGAGGGACAGCGAGCACUUGGACUCAAGCACUGCAGAAUCUCUUUCUGGACUUCAGGGAAAGUCUCCUCAUCACACAAGCGGUUUAAACGUGGAGAUUCUGAUCCAGCACAAACAUAUGCAAUACUUCUACCCCAAAUCCUUAGGAAUUUCAGAGCUGAUUAUACAAAACUGCGUAACUUGCUGGAAGCCUUUAUUUUCUUUUCUUCUUUAGAAUGAGUAUGAAGUGAAAGGUUUUUUUCAUUUCAACGGCUCUUUGGGGGGGGGUCAUUGAGGACAUUCUGUGAUCUACGCCAACAGGACAGAGCUUUGGGUUGCCAGCUGAAGUCGGGGAACACAGGAACUGUAAACAAACCUGCCACUUUACAACUGUCUAUCUGAGCCAUGGCCUUUGCAGACCUGCUUGAGCAGGUGGGCAGCACGGGUCGCUUUCAGGUGGUGCAUGUCACCCUGCUCAGUAUGCCCAUACUCAUGAUGGCCAGCCACAACUUGAUGCAGAAUUUUGUAGCCGCUGUGCCUCCCCACCACUGUGCUACUCAUGGCAACCUUACCGGGUCCUCGAUGAGCGCGGCGGACGUGCUAAGGGCCACAGUGCCGCUGGACAGUAAUGGCAAACUGGACCGUUGCAAGCGAUAUGUCCACCCUCAGUGGGAGCUCUUGAACAGAAACACUUCUGAGGAGCUGUGGGAAGAUGUAGAAGAGCCGGAGACACAGGGGUGUGAGGACGGAUGGUAUUACAAUGCGAGUGAGAUGAGCUCAACCAUUAUUACUGAGUGGGAUUUGGUUUGUGACCUUCGUGCACUGAAGCAAAUGAGUCAAACGAUAUACAUGGGAGGUGUUCUUGUGGGAGCACCAGUCUUUGGAGGACUAUCCGACAGGUUUGGCCGACGUUUUUUAUUGCUGAUGUCUAACCUGAUCAUGGCAGUUGGAGGAACAUGCGCUUCUUUCUCCACCACCUUCACUUGGUUUUGUGUGUGUCGCUUCUUCUGUGGUAUGGCCCUGUCUGGCCUGGUGCUCAACUCCUUCUCCCUCAUUGUCGAGUGGAUCCCCACGCGUGUGCGGACAGUAGUGGGCACAGGAACAGGCUACUGUUACACCACAGGUCAACUGAUCCUGGCAGCAGUCGCUUACUUCAUCAGAGACUGGCGAUGGCUCACACUGGCUGUCUCUCUGCCUUUCUAUGUGUCCUUCCUCUACUCAUGGUGGUUUUUAGAAUCUGCACGCUGGCUGGUCCUGAACAGAAAGUCAGAGCAGGCAGUCAAGAACCUGAAAACGGUGGCUCGCAUAAACGGACGGCAAGCAGAGGCAGACAAAAUCAAUCUUCAGAUGUUGGAAGAUUCCAUGAAGAAGGAGAUGGCCUGCUCAAAGGGAUCCUACAAUGGUCUCGACCUCCUUCGAACAUCUACAAUGAGAAGCAUCACAAUAUGUCUCAGUGCAGUCUGGUUCUCUACCAGCUUUGCCUACUAUGGGCUUUCUAUGGAUCUACAGAAAUUUGGGGUCAGCAUUUAUCUGAUCCAAGUCAUCUUUGGAGCAGUGGAUAUACCAGCCAAAAUCGUGGUUACAAUUUGCAUGAGCUUUUUGGGGCGAAGACCAUCUCAAUGUGGAGCUCUUGUACUGGCUGGCAUAAUGAUACUCAUUAAUCUUCUAGUGCCUUAUGACAUGCAGAUGUUACGCACCAGUUUGGCAGUGGUCGGGAAGGGUUGUUUGGCUGCCUCCUUCAGCUGCUGUUACCUUUAUUCUGGAGAGCUUUAUCCCACGGUCAUCCGACAGAGCGGAAUGGGUUGGGUGUCGAUGAUGGCUCGUCUGGGGGCAAUGGUGGCUCCUAUGGUGCUUCUUUCCGGGGAGGCUGUACCAUGGCUACCUGGUUUAAUCUAUGGAGGGGCUCCAAUUAUCAGUGGGAUCUUUGCCUACUUUCUCCCAGAAACCCUUGGAAUGCCUCUUCCAGAUACUCUCCAGGAUGUGGAGGACAGAGGUUUCAGGCGGACAAAUUUCAAAGACUCAAUUGUGAAAGAGGAUUUGGCCCCUAAGGACCCCUGCACCAUCCAGCUAAAAGAGUCUGUUUGAGAACCCACUCAGUUCAGUCUUGCUGACUGUAACGGACAAAUGUAGAUUGUUAUCGUACAGAACAGAAGAAAUGUAUCAGUAUUAUAUCAUGGAAACAGUCAAAGGCUUUGUAACACUGUGUCUAAACACGACCGCAUCCAGUGUAGACAAACAUUUUAGGUAUAACAGGUUUUAAAGGGUUCUAUUGUCUUUUGUUGUGCCGUGUCGUACCGGUGUGGUGUGAGGAGUCUCAUCUAUUAUACAUGAUGCAGUUCUUAUCUUUCUUAUAGGAAUUACUGUAAAUGAAAAUAAUGUACUUUAAUAGAGCAAACCAUAUCUAAAGCAGUGAAGAUUCUUUGUAUGUUUUGAAAUAUGUUGUGUGUGUGAAUUUCUUACCUGAACUAUAAAAAUACAUAAACAGUUUUCAGUGUUUUGAUAAAAAGUCCAAUGUAUAUUAAAUAAAGUGAACUUUUUUUU